AUCAUGGCUAUGAUUCAGCAAGCUACUGCAGUUUCAGCUUCACAGAAGCAUUCAGAAUCAGGGAAAGCUUUUGUCAAUCAUGUGACAAAAUCAGCAGUUUUUGGGGCAGAGGUCUCAGGCAAUGAAUCAUCUACAUUACUUAGUUGGAUCUCAUUCUGUUGUGGGGAACAUGGAAUUCCAACUCAAGGAUUCCACAUGCUCAGAGCCAUCUCAAGGUCAAACAUUGGUCAAUGAGACUUUGGAGCAACUUGACAAUGCAAAAAUAAUAGUGGAGUCUAUAAGAGAUAAUGUUGCCAAAUUUGUUCACGACCACAACUCUACUGCUUUGGAUGCUGCAUUUUGUUUCUUCAGGUAUGAGGUAGCAAGAUUGAGGUCUGUCAUAGAGUCUGCUGAGACUAAGUUUUUGGAAGAACGGAUUCGGAACAUGGUCAAGAUCAAGAAUGUUUAUGAGUCAAUGGAGCUAAUGAAAUCAGAAUCAAGACAGAGAGAGUUUGAGCUACAAGCUGAGCUGAAAACAAAGGAAGCUGAUAUUGAAGAAUUGAAGGCAAACCUGAUGGAUAAGGAAAUCAAGUUGCAGGGUAUUGUGAAGGAGAAUGAGAAAUUGAAUUUGAAUAUGAUGCUUGGAAAAAGCUUAAUUUCACGCAAAAGGGAAUAUGAUCUUGGAAAAGAGUUUAGAAGAUUGGAUGAGUGCGCAGAAAAACUGAAUGGCGAUCACAUGGACAAGCAGGCAACAUUACAAAGUUUAUAUGAAGAGAAUAUAAUGCUGAAGUUUCAAAUAGGGAAGGCCACGAUGAAACUUGAGAUUGUCACGGAGGAGGCAGUGAGGUUGGCUGAGCAGAUGGAAGUGCUACAAGAAGAAAUGUUUGAAACAAAAGAAGAACUGAGAAGGGUGAAGGUGCAAUCUGAUCAAUGGAGGAAGGCUGUGGAAGCUGCCGCUUCCAUGAUUUCUGCAGAGAACAAUGAGAAACUCACUGAGAGGUCUUUGUCUUUGGAUAACAAAUGCAACCCUCCUAGGAAUAGGCCCUCUAAUUUCGCUGAAGAAAAUAAUGAUGAUUUCCAGAGAAAGAAAGAUGGCAACAUGUUGAAGAAGAUUAAAGGGUUAUGGAAAAAAUAUAUAAAGUAGAUACUAUCUUAUUCAUGAUUUGAUUUGAAUUUGUACUCAAGAAGAAUUGUCUUUCUAGAGCUUUUAUGUUUUGAUACUUUCCUUUUUUACUGUGCCAAUGAUGCCUAUUGCCCUGUUUUGACUUUGGGAAACUUUGUUUGGAUGGUUGGUAAUUAGUUGUGUAA